AGGUUUUAACAAAAUUGAUUCAGAAAUUUCCCCUAAAUUCCCCUGAAUUCGUUCUAUGCAAAUCGGAGAAGAAGUAGAAAUAAUCCGAGAUUGAUCAAUUGCGAUUUCGUAUCGAUAAUUCCGCCAAUGUCUUCCCAAGAGAGGAAGAGGAAGAAGAAGACGACGAAUAAAUUGUCGCCGGCGCUUGAAUCGGCUCCUUCACUUCCUGAUGAUUUGCUAGUGAGUUGCUUAGCCCGCGUCUCGAGAUUGUACUACCCGACUCUUUCACUCGUCUCCAAGAGAUUCCGAUCGCUCCUUGCUUCACCGGAGCUUUACCAGACCAGGUCAUCUUUAGGACGCACCGAGAGUUGCCUCUACGUGUGCUUACGGUUCCAUCCUGACCCUAACCCUCGUUGGUUCACUCUCUGCCUCAAGCCUGAUCGAACCCUAACCAAUGACACCGGUAAGAAGAAGAAGAAGAAGAAGAAGAAAUCAUGUUUUGGGUAUGCUUUGGCUAAAAUCUCAAUUUCACACUCUCCUCCUGCGCACUGGUCGGGUCUCGUCACUAUUGGUUCAGAGAUCUACAAGAUUGGCGGACCCAUCGAUAACAACAAGGAGCCUUCGUCUAGCGUCUCGAUCCUGGACUGCACGUCUCACACGUGGCGCGAGGCUCCAAGCAUGGUGGUGAAGCGGAGUUAUCCACAAGCCAAUGUCCUUGACGGAAAGAUAUAUGUAGCAGGAGGCUGCUCCAAAGACUCCGACUUUAUGGAGGUUUUCGAUCCAAAGACUCAAACUUGGGAGCUGGUGUCGAGCCCUGGCACGGAGAUAUGCGGGACCGGGAAAAUUUAUAUGCAAAAAAAGCCUGGGAUUGACGAAAAGGUAUACUUUUUUGGAAACUUCAAUGGUUUGGCUUAUAAACCAAAGGAAGGAAGAUGGGAAAGAGUGGGAGAGGAGAUGGAAUGGGAUUGGCGAUGGUAUUCUUACUGCGUGAUUGAGAACGUGAUUUACCGUUAUGAUGAGGGAAAGUUCAAAUGGUAUGACUCUAAGGCAAGACUGUGGAGAAAUUUGAAGGGUGUGAAAGGACUGCCUAAGUUUGCCCGUUAUAUUGCUAGAUUGGCUGAUUACGGUGGAAAGAUGGCUGUUUUUUGGGACAAGGGUGUGCCUUCCAGUGGAUAUAAGGACAGGGUGAUUUGGUGCACAGUGAUUGCGCUUGAAAGGCGCAACGAUGAAGAGAUUUGGGGUAAGGUCGAAUGGCUUGACGCAAUGCUUACAGUCCCCAAGUCAUGUCGCGUGGACUUUGCUCUUGCUGCUACCGUCUGAUGCAAUGACUUGAAUGUGAUGAAUCUUUAGUGGUCAUGGGUUAUGUCAUUUAUGUUGGAUGGUUGUGUUUUGUGUUUUUUAGCUGAAUGCAAUAGACAGAUUCACUUGUAAACCUUUGAUGUUAGCUUAUUUUGUGUUGGCACUAAAGACUUAUGGAACACUGUUUUGGUUGAAAA